AUGGACUUGAAAUACCAACUUUUAAUCAUUAUAAUACUUUACUCCGUGAAUAUGAGCACUUCUGUCUUCGAGUUUACAAAUAUCAAAUGUACCUCCCUGGAUAAGAAAUUUGAUGACUUUGAGUACUGCCUUUUGAAGUCUGUGAACCGCACUUUCAAAUACAUAUCACUUAAAGUGAAUAUGUAUGAGCUUCCCGUUACCAAAGUCAAGAUAUCCUCGGCUGUUGAAUUUACGAAUGUCAAGUGCACCUCGUGGGAUAAAGCGUUUGCUGGUUUUGAGUAUUGCCACCUAAAGUCGAUCAACCGAAGUUUCAAGUACUUGUCGCUGAAAGUAAACCUAUACAAGGUGCCUAUAACCAAAGUGAAGGUGAACUUCUCUUUGCUGAAGCGUUACAAUGGCUACAAGCCGUUUCUAUACAACAUCACAGUGGAUGCUUGCAAAGUGCUGAGACACCCGAAAUCCAAUCUCAUCUUUGGCUUCUUCUACGGCCUGUUUAAAAAACACUCCAACAUGAACCACACCUGCCCCUACGAUCAUGAUAUAAUCGUUGAGAAGCUGCCCACAAGCUUUAUGAAUCAACAAAUAACCGGAGAGCUCAAGUUUCCACAUGGCGAAUACCUCUUCCACUCCGACUGGUUUGCAUACGGCAUUAAUCGCGCCACCGUAGACUUCUUUUACGCACUUUCAUGA